GUGUGUAGUGAAUUGGUAGUUAGGCUCGUGGUCCCCAUGACGUGAUGCUCGCGCACUCCCACAGUCCCACUCACCCAAACAGCAAACACCGCCGGGCCUGAGUGAGAGUGGUAGCUGCGGCCAACGGUACUAUCACUUGCCCGUGUUCGGUCUUGUUGAGCUGUGUGUAUUUAGUAUGCAACGUCGUGUUUCAUCUUUCACGUGUAACCCAUGAUUCCAUUAGCGGACCAGUAGUGAGUGCAGGCUUGGACUGCCGCACAUUAAGGUCUGAGAAGAAGACGAUUAGAGGCAGAGACGACCCCAAGGCAGAGGGUGAGGCAGCAGCAGGGCAAGCCAGGCCGCCCGGUGUGGAUGGAAUGCAAGAGAGCUUCCCAGGUGCUACAGAUGGAUGCCUAGACGUGUGGAGAAGGGGCGAGGCCAGCUGCAUGAGAUAUCGGCCUCCCACCAGGGUGACCCAGCCAUGCGCAAGUACCAGCAGUUGGCCCUCACCAUCAUAGCAGUGGUAAGCCUGGUUGCCUUCCUCUUCUACAAGCAUGAGUACGAGCGGCUGCGCUAUACCCUGGAGUACCUGGACACCUUCGGGCAGCCACCGGCAGAGGGAGAAGCACCACGGAUGCCAUGUGGGUACAACACCCACCCAGUCACCACCUCACCUCCAGCAGACUGGGUGCAAGUCACUUCUGACUUGGAGGUGUACUCAGCCUUCCUGGAAGGGGAGGGUAUUGUGGGAGGGCAGCAAAUCAGGGUCAUCGGAGCUGUAAGGAAAAGCACAGAGGUACCAGCUGACUUGACUUGCCUUAUCUGGUUCGAGUCCAAUGGAGAGGUGGCAACAGGGUCCUGCAGUGUGCAGUUUCCCCUGGAUCGGAGUCAUGGCCACCACACAGACAAGGAGGAUGUAGAGGUGCUGUACCUCCUCUGCAGUCCAACUGAGACACGGCUUAUGCUCACUCAGACUCCUUAUGCCCUCCAGUUGAAAGUGGGCACUGAGCAGCCCUCCCAGCCCUUCCUGGUGCAUGAGGCAGAAGGCCUCAAGAGCACUGCCAACAAAACGGCAGUGUGUGUGGUUCCUCCGGAGCAACCUGUCACUUCUCUGCACCUGGUGGAGUUCAUAGCUUACCAUCAUCUCAUUGGAGUGGACCGCUUCACACUGUACGGGCCAGUGCUCACUCCUCUGGCUCGUCGGCUGCUGGACCGCUUUGGGGACGAGAUGGGGCUGGGCCACCAGGAGCUGCUCUUCAGCACAUCACGGGGCUUUGGGCUUAGCCGGCCCGUGGUGCGGCGCAUUGUGGAGCUGGACUGCCUUCAGCGCCACCGUGAUCGCCAUGAGAAUGUGUUGGUGCUAGAGCUGGAUGAAUUUGUAGUGCUGAGCCGCCGUUCCAGCCUCCAGGCCACCAUUACUGACUUGGAAGGUGCUGGUCUCUUACGCCGUGGAGUGGCAGAGUUCCACCUUAGCUCACAGCCAGUGUGCCUGGAUCAGCAACACACACGACAGGGCACUCUGAUGUUGGCACAGCAGGUACACACUUCUGGACCAAUGGAGGAGGCAGGUGUGGCCUUGCUGCGGCCCCAGCUAUUAGGUGGUUUGGCGUCUGCUGAGAGCAGUACCAAGAGUCAGCAUGUGCCGCCUGGUGUGGCUGUGGUUCAUCAUUAUUCUACCUGCUCUGCUGCUGCUGCUGCCAACCAUGAGGAGACCCACCACUUGCCUUCCAACAAACAAAUAGUGGCUAGAUUAAAGGAGUCGCUGCUUUACAGGAAGUGGACCAUCAACUCGUAGCUUUUGUGACAAAACACAAUUUUAGUGUACGUAAGUAAUUGUGCUGUGAUGAAAGUUGCAUUAUCUUUACAUGAGAAACUGGACUAAAUGCUUUAUAUAUGAGCACUGAUACAUGUAUGUAGCUCACAUAUGUUGAGCAACUGUAGCUUGGCUUUUAUAUUUUUAAAGUAUUUAAAAAGAUCUGAGACCAUUGAAGUUAUGCUUCUCUCUUGGUAAAGUACCAUCUCAUUAUUCCCAUUAUGUGGAUGCUAGGCUGUAGUGGUGCUGUGCUGCUGUGCUUCACAUCUAAGGGAAACAUUGUUAUAUUCACAUUAUCUCUCAGAAUCUAACUUUUUAUUAUUAUGCUUACAUUAAUUUAUAUUGUUGAACACACUUUCAUAAUGUCUGUACUUUGUAUUUUUAGAUUAUCUUUUAUUUUCAUGUCAUUGAAUAUAACUCUGUUGCUAACAGUUGGUCUCUUUAAAGCUGUUAUGAAUUUAUCAUUCUGCUUAAUCUUUUGUUAUACUCAGUGACUGGAGGAGACAAUAAUUGUGCAUACUUGUGUGAUGUGUGUUUAGAUCACAUGGACUGUGUGUGUGUGUGUAUUAGUAAGUGAAGAGAAGUACUGUGUACUACAAUAAUAUUGUAUUUCUGUAAGCAUACACACAUAAUCUGGAGCAAAUAUAUCAUGUAAUGUAGAGAUGCUCUAGAUGUUCUUUUAUCACACUUCUCUUUGUUACAUUCCUCCUUAUAUAUAUAUAGUGUCUUCUUAUCUGAACACAAACAUUCUAAUGUUUCUAUUUUUACCUGUACUAGUAAUCUUACUUUGCAUCUGUGUACUUGGUAUGCAAUGGGUUUUGUUGUUCAUGCAUUUGAUCUGUCUCUGGUGCCUCACUCUGGGAGGAGUGGCACAAGAACCUCCAACUCUCCCUAUCCAGGCAUUUCUAUUUUGCCCCUUCUAGGAUUUGCUUCUAUUAACAGAUCUUUUACAUUUAUACUUCCAUCUUCAAGUAACCUUGCUCCUCCUAUUGCCGUCACUUUUGUUCUCAUACUUUUUAUAAACCACUCUUCAUUUUCUGAGUGUGGCUGUGCCAUCUCAGUGUUCUACUUACACCACUACAUCACCUCCUUAGGAGCUUAUAGUGCAUGUUCUAAUACAUUUUUAUUAUUCUCAUCCUCCCACUUUGUCGUUCUUAAAUAACUAAUUUUUAAUGGAACACACUCUUGCAUGUUGUGUCCUAUUCUACAUUCAGUUCUUUGAUUAAUAUGGCAACACUUGCAGAAUACUCUUCUUGAAAACUCACUCUAUAUCCAUGACAUUUUGUUUAUUUCAUUAAUCUUGUGAGUGAUCAUAUGACAUCUCUAAAUUUCACAACUUGCUUCGUUUGAGUUUUUGGAGGCAUGCUCACCAAUUCCAUCAUAUACUAUUCAGGUAUUUAUUGCACAUAUGUAUUCUUGUUAAACUUUGAUGAUUGUUCCUAGGGAGUCAUUUUUCUGCAAUUUAUACCUUGAUCAAAACUGAUCUUUUCUCAUUAUGACCAAGUGGCCUGUGUGAGGAUAUCAGACCUAUCCUUAUUUUCAUUUUGUGAGUUAUCACACAUCAAUUUUGGUGGUAGUUCUUAAGUAGGAAUUGGUUAUACUAGUGGUCAGUGAAGAUCUACUUUCAUGACUGCAAGUAGACAAUUAUCAUAAAUACAAGAUUAGAAAGAGUCACGUGAUGUGAGUACUACCUUGCAGAGGAAAUUGUGUCAAGAUAGGUUGUAGAUUGACAAUGUUUGAGUUGUGUCACAAGAAGAUAACAAGGAUAUAGGACUGUAGGAAAUAUAUAAGCUCCACAGUAAUGGUUUUGACAAGUUUUUUAAAGCCAUUAAAAUCCUGAUAAUAGUACUUCAAAUUUAUUGCACUGUAAUUCAGUUAAGAUUAAGAUUAUACCUUUAUUUUAUUUUACUCCACUUAAGUAGUGCUCUUGUUUUCCUUAGUUGCACAUUUGUCACAUUCCUCCUCUGUAUGCACAAAGAUCUUGGUCACAA